AUGGUGCGCGUCAUCAUCAAGGGCGGCGUCUGGCGCAACACUGAGGAUGAAAUCCUCAAAGCGGCCAUCAUGAAGUACGGCAAGAACCAGUGGAGCCGUAUCGCGUCGUUGCUGCACAGAAAAUCUGCGAAACAGUGCAAGGCUCGUUGGCACGAGUGGCUGGACCCGUCGAUCAAGAAGACUGAAUGGAGCCGCGAAGAGGACGAGAAGCUGCUGCACUUGGCCAAGCUGAUGCCAACGCAGUGGCGAACAAUUGCCCCCAUCGUUGGCCGAACAGCCACGCAGUGCCUUGAGAGAUAUGAGCAGCUCCUCGACGCAGCCCAGCGCAAGGCCGUGGGAAUCGACGAUGAAGCACUGGAAGCGCGCAAGCUGAAGCCGGGCGAGAUCGACCCGACGCCCGAGACGAAGCCGGCCCGCCCCGAUCCCAUCGACAUGGAUGACGACGAACUGGAGAUGCUUUCGGAAGCUCGUGCUCGUCUCGCCAACACUCAGGGAAAGAAGGCCAAGCGAAAGGCCCGUGAGCGCCAGCUAAGCGAAGCCCGGCGCUGCGCCUCCCUACAAAAGACUAGGGAAUUGAAGGCGGCCGGCAUCUUCAUCCCGCCCAGCAAGUUCCAACUCAUGAAGCGGCCCGAGGUGGACUACAGCGCCGAGAUCCCGUUCGAGAAGCCGGUGCCGGCGGGCUUCCACGACCCGUCGAUGGACAGGUUCUCGAACGAGGACAAGACCAACCUCGCCGUCGAAGACCACCGCAAGAAGACCGGGACAGAGCUGGAAAACGAGAAGCGCCGCGCCGACCGCGAGAAGAUGAAGAAGCGCAAGGCGCAAGAGGCCGAGCACGGCAAGGUCUUCGAGCAGCAGGAAAAGAAACGAAGCAAACUGAUCCUGCCCACGCCGCAGAUCAGCGAGAAGGAGCUCGAGGAAAUCGUGAAGAUUGGCCACGCGACCGAGGCGAUGAGCCAGUAUGCUGAUACCGCACCUACCAGCGGCCUACUAACCGACUAUGUUGCCUCUGCCCGUCAAAAUGCUGCUAACGCCCGGACGUUGCGCACUCCGGCCAAUCACAGGGACACGCUUGAGAAGGAGGUUCACAAUCUGCUCGCUCUCCAAAACGUCGAAUCGUCGCUGAAGGGCGGCGAGAACACGCCGCUUUUCGAGAGCAACUUCUCCACCGUCACCCCCAUUCGCCAGUCAAUGGAGACGCCGAACACCGUGCUGCAGUCGAUCGCGGCCACCCCCGGAACGGCUUCAUUCGGACGCACACCCGGCCAAACACCCGUCGGUGCCACACCGACGCCUUUCCGCGACCAAAUGGGCAUCAACCAAGGCGCCAUGGACAUCUACGAGCAGAAGGCCGACCUGCGGCGCGCCCUAUCCAGCCUUCCGCGCCCGAAAAACGACUUUGAGAUCGUGGCACCCGACGAUGAGGAGUUGAAAGAAGAAGACGGGGAUGAAGGCGAAUGGGUUGAAGAUGCCGAAGACAGGAAGGAAGCCCGCGCCAAGGCCCGUGCCGAAGCUCGUCUCCGGGAACUGCAGCAGCGCACACAGGUGGUCCAACGUGACCUGCCGCGCCCGUCCAAAAUUUCUGAAGUUGCCUUCCGACCGGUGGACAACAAGAGCGAGCUGAACCGGGCUGAGAACUUGAUCAAGGCCGAGAUGGAGCUUCUCGUCAAGUGGGACAUCGACGGCACCGCCCCGGAGCUUGCCUUUACUCCUGCGCAGCUGGCUGACGCGAAGAAAUUGAUCGAUGACGAAGCUGAACAAGGCCCUCCUAUGGAUGAGGAGUAUUGGGAGGCCGUCGACCAGUGCUUUGGCGAGCUGGCCUUCUCCCGCGGCAAGUUCUGCCGUCUGGGCGGCCUCGGCAAGGAGCAGCAAAUCGAAGCCCUUUCGCAACAGUUCAAUAUGGCCCGUGACUGGAUGACGUCGAAGGCGAAGAAGAUUGGCAAGAUCGAGAAGCGCGUGAAGAUCAAGCUCGGCGGCUACACACAAGUGCAUGCCCAGCUCGCCCAGAAGAUUUACGAUCGGCAGCAAGACGGGGAGCUGGCUCGCAUUGAACUGAACACUUUCCGGCAACUCGCACAGCACGAAGAAAAGGCCAUCAACAAGCGUGUCGAGAAGAUUACCAAGGAGGUGCGACAGCAAGACGACCGCGAGCGCGAGUUGCAGAAGGUUCACAAGGAGCUUCAACACAAGCGCUGGCUACUCGAGCAGAUGGAGCGACGGGAAAGCGCGUCGGUGAACGGUGAGCCCGUCGUCUACGCCAACGGCCAA